UAUUGGAAGGGUCUGGAUCGAUAUGUAUAGGGCUCAAAGCUGGACAGAAGGGCUUACAGGGCUCUGGGAAAGAAAGGGGAGCUGGACUCCAAAAAGUAAACGAAUUCUUUCAGCCAUGCAACGACUCGUUCCGCUCACUAACCCCUGCUGGAUUUGAGACAGAAUUGCACCGGUGCCGUCUACUCCUAAGCUGCUUUCUCUACUGCUCCUUCACACAGGGGUAUACCUAAGGAGAAAGUGUAGAGUUCCUUGGAGCUAAAGGUUGAAACUACUCCCAUGCUUUCUAUUAUGUUGUAAACCAACCCGCUUUCUAUUCGAGUUGCCCUAAGGUAGGGAUAUUAGUGGAGGUAGAGGCUAAGAGAACCAUGAAAUGGAAUUGGACCUGUCUUGCACAUCAAAAAAUCCAAUUGUGAAACUAUAGCCUAGACGAGACGGCGGUCAUUGAUGGUUAUAAGGCGGGUGAUGUCUUUUAGCACGGGGGGUAGCAUGUCCUUUAGCACGGCUAGGAACCUUCCUUAUCCAACAAGCAGGAACCAUCCGAUCUUUUUGACAUAUUAUAUCCGAAAUUGGUGAACCCUUCCAAAUGGCCCAGAAAAUGACAGCCAGAAAAACGCCCUAAGCCCAUAUCAUAUAGCCUCGGCCUGUGAAAAUUAUGUUCAGCGGUCUAUACCCAAGUAGCUGUGGCCCAUGAUCCAAAGGACCCGAAACCUGUCUGCUAUCCUGACCCUAAAACCAACCCCACCUAUAUCUUUUCGGCUUCUUCAGCAGUAUAGAAUCUCGGUCCCUUACCUUGAUGCCUACAGCUCUAUUUGUUUUCCAGUGAUGGCAAGACGAAAUACUGCUUUGGAUUCAGAUUAUUGUGGUGUGUUGUUUCUGAAUGGCAUCAUAGCUACACGAGGGAAAGCAAUGCUGCCCACUCUGCCGCAAAGGGGGCCCUACGAAAUGCCAGUUACACCAUAAGGGCCCAGCAAGCAUAAUAAUGAAGUUCCGAGGCAGCGUUUCAUUCCAGCAACAUAUGGUUCAAAACGCCUUGUUCCAUCCGAAUCCCCUCCAUAACUAUACUAGUCUAGUUUAGGUGUUAUUAGUAUUGCAAUCAAUAAUGAAUAAAUGUGAAAAGAACACUAAUAAUGAGCAGACCACUUUGAUAUGUGGGUGCAUUUUUGCAUGUAA